CGCAUUCGGUAGCGGUCCACUCUGACAGGCUGCCGCCACUUAACAAUCUAGCAGUUGAAGAUUUUUGCACAGCUGGAGCAUUAUGAAACUAUUAUUGUUCUUGGGACUGGUGAUUGCUGCCUCCUGCGCGAGCAACGUCGCUAAUGGACCAAAAGUUACCGACAAGGUAUGGUUUGAUAUCAAAAUCGGUGAUGCCGAUGCAGGCAGAGUAGAAAUCGGUCUUUUUGGCAAAACCGUUCCAAAAACUGUCAAGAAUUUCGUAGAACUUGCCAAGAAACCUAAAGGAGAAGGAUACAAAGGCAGCUCAUUCCACAGAGUGAUCAAAGAUUUUAUGAUCCAAGGAGGAGACUUCACUAAGGGAGAUGGAACUGGAGGUCGUAGCAUCUAUGGAGAUCGCUUUGCAGAUGAGAACUUCAAGCUGAAGCACUAUGGUGCUGGAUGGUUGUCCAUGGCUAAUGCUGGCAAGGAUACCAAUGGAUCUCAAUUUUUCAUUACUGUUAAGCAAACACCAUGGCUUGAUGGCAGACAUGUUGUCUUUGGCAAAGUUAUCAAAGGAAUGGAUAUAAUACGCAAAAUUGAGCAAACAAGCACAGAUUCAAGAGACAGACCACAAGAAGAAGUUACCAUUGCUGAUAGUGGGGCAGAAAUUAUAGCAGAACCAUUUAGUGUGUCUAAAGAUGACGCUACUGACUAAAUAGCAGCAUUUACGAACUAUUCAUUAUUCCUCAUGGCCUGUUUAUUUUAUACAAAAAGUGUUUUUGAGUUAUAUGACUCUGGUAUUAACCAAUUUCUCUAGAUGAAUUAUUAAAUAUGCAAACAAUUUGAGUCUUGAUACUAGCUUUAACAAUAUUUUGUUAAUGCAGAAUAUCAUGCCAGUAAGAUUUCAAAAUCAAAAUAGCAUUUUUGGAGUCAUAAAACAUUAAAAGCACAAUAAAUAUAAAUUAUCAUACAAACGAUAUCAUGUGAACGAUUCUAUUCCAAUUGUUACAACUAUAUACAUUUACAUUGCGCACCAAUUUUGUACAUCUAUACUCAAAUUUUCUACAUUCGUGAAUAAAUAUAAGUUGUUUAAAGUA